AUGUCCUACCAUUCCUCAAUUGGCAGUUUCUGGAUUUUCUUUGCUGCUUAUAGGAAUGCAUACCAAACGAUUGUAAUAACAAUCAUAACGAUUCUCGCUCCGAAGAUGCUUAUCAACCUUCGAGCAGAGUAUUACGGUCCGGUUGGGAUUAUUGCGACUCAGCUUUCAUGGGAUGCUCAGGGUGCUGAAUAUUCUACCUAG